UGCACUGCUGAGUUACUUGGAAGAGCUUGACGCAACUACAAGUUGAAACUAGGAAAAACAAGGCCCUGGGUGCUGAAGCCCUUCUCCGAAGUCAGAGAAAUAAACAAAUGCAGGCUAAGCAUGGAGAGAAGCACCAACAGACAUCAGAAGCCACUGGACUUGAAGGACGUGCCCAGACCUGGCCAAGGUCCAGACACGGGAUCAGCGGUUACACAGGUCAGCCAGACUCAGGGCUUACCGCAAGCGGAGGGAAGCCAGGUUCAGCCAGCUGCCGAAGACCCUGAAGACUGGCUUUCCACUCACAGUCUAGAGUUCGAGAAGCUCACGCUGUCCGACCUGCUGGGUCAGGGCACGGCUGCGCUGGAGAGCAGCGGCGUCAGGCAGGAGAUACACUUCUCCCCUCAGAGCAUCUGCCGCUUCGAGUCAAAGCUUUCCGCAGUUAUUGGACUCUAUCAACAGAGACGCCAGGGGCUCUCAGAAAACAGCAAGAAGGCAUUUGGUCUCAUCAGGGGCACCAGAGUGGCCCUCCUCAUCGAUGCAUCCGUGCUCAGCAGCGGCCCAGGCACAGAGGAGUUCCUAGAUGACUUCUCGAACCUGGUUGAUGAGCAGCUGAGCCUCAAGGAGAAGCUGUACGUCUUGUCCUUCAGCACCACCGCCAGGCCCCUCUGGCUGGAGCCGGUGGACGUCAGCUCUUCCACCCUCCAGGAACUCAAGCUCUGGGUGAAGGACCUGCAGCCUGAGGGAGGCAGCAAUUUCCUACAGGCCCUGAGGAAGAGCUUCGCUGUCCAGGGGCUGAAUGCCCUGGUGGCCAUAAUGGGAAGCUGCCCAGACCAGCCCUGGGAAGUGCUGUCCGACUACAUCCAGCAGCGCGCCGCGGGGCGCAGCCUCGCCCUGCACUUGGUCACCUACAGAUGCGAGGACCAGGUGCCCUCUGCCGUCCUCAAGAACCUGGCGGAAGCCCUGCGGGGAUCCUACCACGGCUACAGCCCCGAGGCGGCGCAGCUCUACACCAGCCCAGAUGUGGACGAGCUGCUGGCAGAAAUCCAGAAGGCCCAGGCCCUCCUCAGCCACGUGCAAGCGCUGCGCCAGAGCGGCCCCUGCGAGGAGCUGGCCCGCGCCAUGCAGGAAAUUGCCGCAGAGUACACAGCAGAGUCAUUCACAAAUCUGCCGAAGCCCCCAAAGCAUGACGCGCCUCUCACCAUUGAGUUCCCAGACCUGGAGAAGACUUCUACAGAAUGGCUAAAGAUCAACGGGCUCAAAGCCAAAAAAUUAAGCCUCUAUCAGGUUCUGGCACCCAGUGCAUUCUCCCCUGUGGAAGGGUUCGUACCUAUUCUCCAGAAAACAGUAUCAUCCACUAUCCAUGAGAAGGCCAUGGUGCAAUUUGAAUGGCACGACGGGACGGUGAAGAAUGUCCACGUGGACCCGCCCUUCCUCUACGAGUACCAGAAACGGCUCAGCAGAGCCCUGCGGGUGUAUGAGAGGAGGCUCCAGUGGCUCUCCCUGGGCAGCAGGAGGAUCUGGGGCACCGUGUGUGAAAAGAGGGUGGCUGUACUGCUCGACGUCUCCGUGACCAAUUCCAUGUACAUUAUUCAUAUCCAGCACUCGCUGCGGCUGCUGCUGGAGGAGCAGCUGGCCAACAAGGACUGCUUCAACCUGGUCGCGUUCGGAAGCACCAUCGAGAGCUGGAGGCCCGAGAUGGUUCCUGUGAGCCACGACAACUUGCAGAGCGCCUGGAGGUGGGCCCUGAGCCUGCAGUGCCGUGGCAGCAGGAAUGUCCUCAGCGCCCUGCGGAAGGUUCUGGAAGUGGACUUCAGGGACAGGGACCAGCACCUGUCGCAGGGCAUCUACCUGCUCACAGGCGGAGUCCCCGACCAGGAUGUGCCCACACUCAGUGCCUAUGUGGCUGAAAGCUGUGGGGGCUGCGACCUCCAGCUGAACGUGUGUCUCUUCUCCGUGGGGGAGCCGCAGGUGGACAGCGACCCUCCUGCCCGCUACGCCAGCCGCACAGACACAGCCAGCGCCUACAGGGCGCUCGCCUGGGCUACUGGUGGCCGCUUCCACUGGUUUGGAGACACAUGCAUUUACGAGAGUGAUGACAUCGGUGCCAUCCAAUCUGAGAUGGGAAAGGCCCUCAGUUACUCCCAGAAGUGCGCCCUACUAGUGGCCUCCCUGAAGAACCAUUUGAGAAGAGAACUGGAAAGCACAGCCCUCUCUAAAGAAAAGCCGAAGAUGCUCAAGCAAAGAAGUCAGCCCAAGAGAGCCUCUCUUCCCAAGCCUACAGCCCCCUCGCUGGCCAAAAUGAACCUUAAAGAUGGCCCAGAAGGAGAGAGGAGCCCCCUGCCCAAAGCUCUGAGAUAUCAUCUGCUCGGUGGCAAGGCGGGCGUCUCCCCAGCCCAGCCCAUGGAGGAAGGGACAACAGCCUGGAGGAGGAAGACCAGGGUGCGGGGGGCAGAGACGACUCUGUCCCUGUUCUAUACAGAGACCGGGAAUGCCAUAGGCGCUGUAUACAAGAAGUACCCUCAAGGAAGGCGUGUAAGGGCCAGCACUUCUGUGGAGCUGCCCAGGAAGGACAUGGUGUGCUCGAGCCAAGAGUGGGUAGCAAAUUACGGGCUGAAAAAACUGAAGAUGGACAUAGCCAGGUGCCUGGGUCCCAGCUGCACCCACCAGAAGUCAGCGCCGAGUUCAGCCAAGCACUGCGCCAUCCUCCCCAGCGUACAGGCCCACGGCGUGGUGAGGCACCUGCAGAGGACGCUCUGGGAGAUGGACGUGUACAUCGUGCGCCUCAGGGAGCUGAUGGGCUGCUACGUCCGGCGGCUGCAGUGGCUCCUCUCUGGGAGUCGCCGGCUCUUCGGUGCCAUCUUGGAGAGCAAAGUGUGCGUCUUGGUGGACACGUCCGGCUCCGCUGGCCCCUACCUGCAGCAGGUGAAGGCGGAGCUGGCCCUGCUGAUCUGGGAGCAGCUGCGGCAGCGCUGUGACAGUUUUAACCUGCUCAGCUUUUCAGAUAGCCCACAGCCAUGGCAGGACACCCUGGUGGAGACCUCGGAUACAGCCUGUCAUGAAGCCAUGCAGUGGGUGACACACCUGCAAGCCCAGGGGGGCACCUCAAUCUUGCAAGCACUGUCGAAAGCAUUCAGGUUUCACGAUGUGCAAGGGCUAUACCUGCUGACUGACGGGAAGCCUGACACAAGCUGCCACUUUGUCCUUGACGCGGUCCGAAGACUCCGGGAGGACAGGGACAUAAGGGUGCACACCGUCUCCCUGAGCUGCACGGACAGAGCAGCGCUGGAGUUCCUGAAGGCGCUGGCUUCCCUCACCGGCGGCCGUUUCCACUGCCCGGUCAGUGAGGACACAUUGCACAGGAUCCACAACCUGCUCAGCAGGGGCUUCGUCGAGGAGGGGGACCCCCCACUGCCAUGGUUUGAAGGGGAUGACUUGAGGACACUAGCCCAGGAGAUCACCAAGGCCAGGAGGUCUCUCGCUCGAGCCCAGGUGUUCAGGUCCCAACUCCAGAAGAAAAGCAAGGCAGGAGCACAGGCUGCUCUUGGUUAGAGGAGCAUUCUCAGGUUGUUUUGUAGACAGCUGCAACUAUGGAGAGGGGUCAGAAAUGAUGACUUCUCUAAAUAGAAG